AACGUGAUGGCCAAUGAUAAUGGAGCCAUACCUGGAGAGAGCGAGAGCACGGAUGGCCUGAUAGACCAGUACCGCAGGCACCGGGACGAGAUCUCCAAGAUUCCAUUCUACGCAGAUUCAAUAAUGAAAAUGCUAAAGGACAUUCGGCGGACCGUCAACGCCUCUGCGAAGCUCCAGCCAGGGAGCAAUGCCUUCACACAGUUCCUCGAUGAGUGGUGGGCAUCUGUGGUGGAGUUUCUCGAGCAGUCUCCCAUCGUCGAUGCCGAGAGAAACGCGCGAGAGGUCAUGCAGACUCUGAAAAAGCUCAAGGGGAAGCAAGAAGAGUUCAAAAAGCGAGAGAUGUCCCGCCUAAUGAACAAACUCGAAGCUCAAGACAAGGCAACGCCUCCCAUGACGCCCGCCAGCGAAGCGGUAGUGAUCCUGGACGAUUCUGUCAACCCGGAAGACACCGUACGGUGGAACGAGAAGGCUCGGCCUGACGAUGAGGAAGGAAGCGUUCUGGAAGGAGACACUGAACACGACUACGAUGGGCACGACGAAGCUGUGGAUGAGCUGUCAGAGCUUGGGCACGGAGGCUUAGACGACAUGAGUCAGUGGUCAGAGUCUAGCCCUUCGCGAAGCGAGGCUUCACUGACGCCCCGUCGACAACUUGCCGAGCGUGGGAGGGAGCGUGGCUUCACGACUAGUAUGGCUACUAUCCCGGACAACACGGGGAACACGAGUGUUGCCAGCUGGGACGUGAGAAGUGAGCCCACUCUGGGUACAGAUGGCGGCACGGACCAGGAUAUCGCUGCAGCGUCUGGUCUCCCAGAAGACGAGAGCGACGACGAUGACGAGGAGGAUGACGAGUUCGAAGUGGCUGACAGUCUCGAUCUGGGCGCAGUGGCACUUUGCGCGGUCCAGACCGGGGCAGAUGGUCAGCAAACGUAUCAAGACACAGCACGCACCCCCCAGGCCAUGCGGCACCUGACGAACAAGCUUGGCGUCGAGCAGCAACGCUUCUCAGCUGCUCUGGACUACUUCAGGCAAGAGCAGCGCACCAUGGGGAGGCGGCCGGUGAUGCCUCCUCCACCUCCGAGUGCGUCUCGCUCCAAGACUCUCGCAACCAGAGGGCGAGACACGCCACGAAUCGGCGAUAUGCGGGGGAGGAGAGUAUCCCAAGCUGGCAACGGGAAAAACCAACGGCCAGGCCUGAGGGAUGUAACGUUCAAGCAGACCAGCACAACCAGCAGUGCCGUGUAUCGGUCGCACUCCCUGUACGUGUCGAGCACCUCGAGCACCUCUUCCACACGCAUGCAAGGGGCUGCCUCGGCGCGGAACAGGACCAACACCAUCAUCCGUUCCAACUCGCAAAAUCUUGACAUCGGUCACCAGAGCUGAACAGCCGAGUCAUGUAUAUGUGGUGCUGGUUUUAAGA